UUUCACAUUGGAGCUUGGACGAAUCUCAUCGGCAACGUGAUCAGGGUUGCUGGAUCAGGAGAAUGGUUCUCCAAAAGUGUGCGAUUCCCUGUGGCUUUUACUGGGCAAACCGUGGCUGCAGUUGCACAACCAUUUGUCAUGUUUCUGCCGACAAAACUUGCAGCAUAUUGGUUUCCUCAGGACCAGCGAGUGAUUGCCAACACGUUGUCAUCGAUGUCGAAUCCAAUUGGAAUCGCUGUGAUGUAUUCAUUCGCUCCGCUCAUUGUUAAUGAGUCACAUCCACACGCCUUUCCUCUCCUUACUGGAAUUUGCGCCGCGCUGGCUGCAGUCACCGCACUUGCUGCUCUUUUUAUCACGAGAUCAAAGCCUCCUACACCUGUGGCCGCAUCUCGUGAAGAAGAUAUCGAAAUACCUGGGUUUUUGGAAGGAGUCAAGCAGUGCUUCCGCUCAAAAACUUACUGGAUACUUGCCAUAUGUUUGGGAGGCGGUGUGGGGCUGUUCAAUGCGCUCUAUAACAAUCUACAACCAGCACUAUGUGUUAUGGGAUACUCUUUAUCAUUCAGUGGAGGCAUGGGAACUUUGCUUAUCAUGAGCGGACUUGUUGGUGCAGCCAUAUCCGGACUGUAUGUGGAUAAAACGGGAAAAUUUGAGCAGACAAUGAAGCUCUCAUUUCUACUAGCUGGUGUGGCGGCGUGCUCAUUAGCCGUAUCGAUCAACUAUGAAGGCGAGCAAGGAUGGGUGAUCGCGUCGAUAUUCCUAUUCGGUGCUUUUGGAUUUGCUAUAUAUCCGCUUGGUCUCGAGAUGGGUGUUGAAGCGACAUUUCCUGUCGCUGAAGCUACUUCCACUGGACUGAUAAUCAUGAUCGGACAGAUCCAAGGUGUCAUCUACGUGAUAGUAACAAAUAUUUUCGUUGGAAAACCGGAUCCCUAUGAGCUGGCAACGCAGACGUGCGUAACGAAAAAUUCCCAACUCAAAAGUGUAUCAACGUGGAGUGCGCCAUUUUUAAUUUGGACAGGAUGCGUUAGUCUCCUGAUUAUCGUGUUCGUCAUUUUCUUCUGGCCAAAAUAUAAAAGACGAGAUUUUGAAGCCGCACAAGCAGUAAAGGAGAUCGACGUAAUGGGGCAAUAG